AUGCUUCUCUUUGCCUUUCUCUCUGCGCCUUCUGUCGGUGUUCUCGUAAAUGCCCAGAGCCAGUCGAACCUCAAGACCUUACGGCGAAAUCAAGUAUCGUUUACCCACCAGCAUGAAAUAAUCCCACAGCCUAGUCAUCUAUUAUCUAAAGAAGCACUUCACUACGCAUCACGAGCCUCUAUCGAUAAUCAUUUCUUACCGACAACAACUCUUCAGUCAGACCCGGGCCUUGGCCUCAACUUAAAGACUCGACCGACAGCAGUCUACAGGCCCCGUUCCCUAGAUGCGUUCCAUGAAGCUAGACUUGCUAAUAAAGCCCAACACACAGGAAGAGAUAGAACUGGAAUCAACUGGGAUAUCAUCCAUCUUGACGGACCAGACGUUCGAGACAUACAUACAUUAGCUCAGCUAGCUAGAAUGAGCGGGAAUGCAUAUGUCCUUGGGUCGAGUGGAAAGAACUGGUAUGAGUUGGACGGGGCAUGGAAUAUCAGCUUUCCUUUUGGCUAUGAAGAUGCCCAAGACGGUUUCCGGGGCCACGUAUUCCUUUCUUCUGACAACUCUACCAUCGUGCUCGCUAUCAAAGGUACGACAUUGCAGGGUCCGACGUCGAAGAAGGAUAAGUUCAAUGAUAAUCUGCUCUUCUCGUGCUGCUGCGCUCGCGUAGAUUUCUCCUGGAUCUUCCAUCAAGUGUGUGACUGCUAUUCCGGGAGUUGGAAAUGCGAUAAUACAUGUCUGUCUAAUGCCUUGGUGGAGGAUAGUAUGUUUUAUACUAUCGGAGUGAACCUUGUUAACGACCUCCGCACCCUUUACCCCAGCGCCAAUCUCUGGCUCGUAGGCCACUCACUUGGCGGUGCCCUUGCCUCGCUUCUCGGUUCGACGUUUGGUCUUCCGGCUGUAGCGUUCGAGAGUCCCGGUGAACGCCUCGCGGCGGAGAGAUUGGGACUGCCUAUGCCGCCUGCACCGAUUGGACCAACUGAAUCGCAAAUGUCCUCCUCAGGGGAAAGCUCAAUAAUUCCCAGUCUGUCACCAGUAGUUCACGUUUAUCAUACUGCCGAUCCUAUACCCCAGGGAACAUGCACCGGCCCCUUCUCUCCCUGCUCCCAAGCAGGAUACGCACUCGAAACGCACUGCCACCUCGGCAAAAGCAUCGUGUUUGAUACAGUGACGGAGUUUGGAUGGAGAGUUGAUAUAAGGAGACAUCCGAUACGGGAGGUUGUCGGUGUUAUGGAGACUUGGAACCAGGAGGAGGCAAGCAGGCAGGUCCCUGAAGCAAAGGAAGAAAUUGAUUGUGUGGAUUGUUACAAGUGGGAGUUUGGUUCGGAGUUCAAGUAUAAGGACUUCGAGGCUUCUGGGUGCGGAUCAUAG